CAUAUCAUUUAAGAAAAAAAUAUAAUUUAUCAAUAAUUCCAUUUUCAUAAUGAUAAUUAAGCCCUUAUUAAAAUGCUAUUGAUUAGUUGAAUGUCAAGAAAGAGAGUAUAAAAGCUCAGUGAAAUUCGACACGACUCAUAGAUAGUUUGAAACUAAAUCUUAAACCUCACAAUCCUACAUAAGGGUUUAAUGCGCUCCUUUUAUGAACAAUAUGCCACUAAUCAAAAAGAAAUCGAGAGUUGUUGAUUCAAGUCAACUAUAUACUAACAACUCAGCUAAGAGGGGACCAUCAAAACUUGAGAGCAAACGACAAAAUUAGGGUUAUCUCCAACAUACUAAUAGACUCAAUCAAAGUAAUAAGACACAAAAUUAAACACUCCUGGUUUAUCAGUUCCGGUAGGUUGAAUAAAGAAUCGACCUACUUCAAUAAAUCAAUCAAUGAUUUCUCGUUUUAAGAUAGAAAUAGGAUGUGAUAGAUAUAAAAACCAUAAAUAUAAAGAUCCAAUAGCCACCACUCUUCGUUGUACAACCAAAUUUUUAUCUCAAGAGAUAUAUAUUUCAACCAAAAUUUCAAUUUCUAAUCCUCCUUCUGCAACUCCAUUAUUUAUAAAACUCUUUUACUUGCCCAACUUAAAACCCAACAAUAAAACCGACGUGCCAAAAGAUACCAGAUGAUUAAUUUUCAAAGGAGGCCUUGUACUAGGAAGUGAAAAGGGUGCAAACUAUUGUACGAUGGAGGGAAUUUUUUAGGAAGUUAGAAAGAGAUAAGAACAAAGAUAAAAACCACAAAAUUUAAAUUGAAAAUUGCAAGGACACAACACGUAGUGACAAAAUUAGUUUUUUCCAUGUUAGCCAAUUACCAAUUUACCUUUAGCAAAAAUUAAAGAGAGAGAAAUAAUUUUAAAAUUGAGAAAGUACAUGAAACUCUACAAUGAAAAUUGAAGUAUCAAGCACCAUAAAAAUACAUACGGUAUACUUAGUGGGCUUGCUAAUCAUGAUGGAAAGUCCUGCGAUUUUCAGAGAGUUGAACUUCGUGUAUAUUUUGUAUUAAAAAAGACACAACAAAUUUGUUUAGUGUAAAUGGUUGUGAUUGUUGUCUUUGUUUGAAGAGACCCGAGUUCAAAUCCUAAUGUUGAUAUUUUUUAUGUGAGAUAAAUAAUUAAUUGUAAAGACAAAAAUAUCCUUCCUACUUUCACUCUCAUUGCACGAAAUUUGAAAUGGAGAAAAGUACACAAAAGUGUACUAUAUAUUAUUGGAGGACGAAGACAAAAAAAAAAGGUCAGUGAAGGGUUGUGAGAUAGUGGAGGAAAGGCUGAAUUAUUAGAGUUAUUUCACUUUUCAGUUUAUGAAUUGUUAUUUUUCGUCGGUAGUUUUACUAUUUGCCGCCCAUAGUUACAAAAAAUAAGACAAUUUUGCUCAUGGUCUAUUUUAAAACCCUAACCCUAUCUACCCUCAACCUUUCACCUCCCAACCCCCUCCCAAGCUGUGCCGCCAACCACAACCCUGUCGCCAAUCCGCCACCGCCGACAUCUCCUCUCUCCUGUCAAUCCGUCGCCGGCGCCGACCACUCCUCCCUCCUGCCGAUUAGAAGCCGCCGCCGUCGAGCCCAGAAGCUGCCGCCGUCGAGGGCCCAGACCACAACAGCGCCGUCCGACCUCCCCAUCUUGCCGUCGAGCCCAGAAGUCGUCGCCGCCGAGUCUCCCUUGGCCGAUCUCGCCGCCGCCGACCUCCUAAGCUCGCUCCAGGUAAACUUUUUAUUUUUAUUUUGUCUUCACACGGUCCGACUAGCUGGAGCGGACGCCGUCCGCCUCCCCUGGUCGGACGAGGUCCGACUGGCCGGAGCGGACGCGGUCCGCCUCCCCUGGUCGGACGCAGUCCGCUAAGUACGGUCGGACGUCGUCCGCCUCACCCGGUCGGACCGGGUCCGCUGGUCUAGUCGGACCGGGUCUGCUGGUACUGGUCGGACCGGGUUGAUUGGGCCUAGUCAGACCGAUCGGAUUGGGUUUGACUAAUUCGGUUUAAUGAAAUAUUUAUUUAAUUUAUUUUAAAUUCAAUUGUUAGUAACUUAAUUAGUUUAAUAUUGAUAGUUGAAUGAUUAGUAUAUAAACGUUGGUUGAAUAAUUAGUAUAUAAUUGUUGAUUAUAUAAUUAGUAUAUAAUUAUUAAUUAUAUAAUGUGUUAGUUUAUUAAUUGGUUAAGUUGAAAUAAUUAUUUAAAUAACUAUUUAUCGUAUUGAGUAAAGUUACUAUCUAGUUAAAUUAAUUAGAUAACCAAGUUGUAUGUAUCAUAAUUAGUAAUUGAUAAAUUAUGACUAUGAACAAAUUUCUAAUCAAAUAAUUUAAUAUAAGAUAUUAAUAGAU